AUGCCAGGCAACAAAAGGAACAAAGGGAACAAAGUUGCAAGCAUUGGCAAUGUGAUUGAAAGGUUAGGCAAGACGAGGAGGGUCAUAAAGAAGGGCACCGAUGCGGCAACUUCCAUACAGGCAGGCAGGGCCAAACCUACAAAGCGAGCCACGGUGGAUGGUACCCGAGGUAGACGACGUUGUCGUACCACUGUAUCCCGUGUUGCUAGCCCUAUCCCCUCCAUCGAUUCUGAGGAGGAAUUGGAGGAGGAAGCGGAGGAGAAGAGGGAGGAGGAGCUAGUUGUGGAGGAGGAUGAGAGGGAGGAGUCGGAGGAGAGGGAGGAGGGGCCGGUUGUGGAGGAGUUAGAGGAGGGAGAGUAUGAGGUGGAGACAUCGGCAGAGAAGAUGGAAUGGCCAGUUCCUAAGGAGAGCAAAAUCUGGUUGCGUGGGGUGUCCACGCUCCCUUCGAGACCAUAUCCACAUAAUGGCCUCAUUGUCAAACCAGCCGGUCUGAGGGCCUUGGUGGUUGAUGGAGAAUACAUAAAAGUGCCACGCCAGCCAAGUAGCAUCAUUGGAUGUCUUUGCAGGCAUUAUUACCCUGGCCUGGUCCCCAUAGGAGAUGGUGAGGAGGAGCCAGCUUGGUCUUGGGAGCAUUGGAAACGAGCUCCGGAUACCAAAGACAAGUGGGCCAGGGUGUAUGGUAGUGCCGCCGAGCGGGUGGUCAAUGAUUUUUGGGACUUCUUUACUUGUGCCGAGGGUAUGAAGGAUGAAGCUAAUGAGGUUGUGGAGGUGAUUGCCAAGAAGAUUGUCCAAGACAUGCCCUAUGAGGCGCGCGUUGAUGCUAUGGUGAAGUAUUUCGCGCACGAACGCAAAAUGCUUCUCAAAAAGUCUCUAGCCCGGAGAGUGCAUCUCACCCGUUCCAUGUACAUGAAGGCGGUUCCCUCGUGGUGCAACAACAAUCUUCCUUGCUACCAGCAAAUCAUAUCCAAAUGGAUAGACCCGGAGUGGAGGGCCCAACAUCGAAUGGCUUCCGAGCGGCGUGCCUUGAUGGGUGGUCCGGUACACCUUCAAGGCAACCUCAACCUCCACGCUUACGUGCAGAAGAAGAACAGGGAGAGAGGUGAGGGCCAAGAGAAGCUCAAUAUCUUCACGGGAUUAUGUCUCUCCCGCAAGUCAAAGAAACCGGAAGGGGGGUGGGUCAACCCAGGCGCUGGCUUGAGGAUUGAUGCAUACAGUGGGAAGUUCAAGGAGCACAACGGGCCUGACUCUGAUCCGGCCUCAUAG